GCUAAGUUUUUCAAAAUCUGACCACCAAAAUUAUUUAAAAAACCCAUUAAUCUGCAACUUUAUUGAUGCAUUCCUGCCUUCCCUACGCGUACUUAUCCGAUAUAUCACAUUGGAGGAAUGUAGUACCUUUUGCAAUUUGGUCUUCGCUUUUCUUCAACUUGGUUUAUUAAUUAUUUUAUGCACAGAGCUGACCCUUCCACUAAGACCUAGCAAAAAGUUCGAAGUCCAACCCCUAUACUUCAUCGUUAGUUCCCUAUAAAUACUAGUUCUCUUUGCCACCCAAUUCCUCCAUCCCAUAGAACUCUCUAUUUUCAAUUCUGUUCAAGUCUUCACUAUCUCUAGUUUCUCUAUCCCUAGAUACAAACAAUCUCUAUGAAGUUCAGAAAGCUAGUUUUCGUAUCGGUUCUCGCCAUAAUUCUAGCCCUAAGCAUUUCAGCAGCAUCAGAUGAACGUAAGGAUGAUGUUAAUGAUGCAACAAUAGAAUCAUCAGACUACUCUUCAGCACAAGGUCGUUGGCUCUUGCAAACCAAACGAACUCGUAGGGUUACUUGUAAGAAGUUUCCUGGGAUUUGUGAUGCAAAGGGGAGCCCUGGACCUCAAUGCUGCAAGAAAAAAUGUGUAAACAUAUUGACAGACAGGCAAAAUUGUGGAAAGUGUGGGAAGAAAUGCAAGUACAAUGAGAUAUGCUGUAAAGGAAAAUGUGUGGAUCCAUCUUUCAAUAGGAAACAUUGUGGUGGAUGCAACAAUAGGUGCGGCAAUGGAGAGUUUUGUGUUUUCGGUUUGUGCAAUUAUGCUUAGAAAAAAAAUUAUUUUCUUCAUAUAUAUUCUUUUGUCGUUGUUGUUGAUUAUCAGUUGAAUUUGAUUGGUUUGUAAAAUCUAAAUAUAGUUAAUUUAAUGAAAAUUGAUAUUAACAAUA